AUGCCCAUUCUUGCAAGGAGCUACAUACGCGCUCGCAUAAGUAUGCAUUACAAAACUUCCAACAAGUCGUCGGAACCGAGGAGUUUUUGCUUUUACCUUUUGACGAGGUCAGAGAUCUGAUAUCAAAUAAUCAACUGAAUAUUUGCUCCGAAGAGAAAGUUUUUUCUGCUGUACUAAAUUGGGUUAAACACGAUCUAGCUGAACGUCAGUGUCACAUUGCCGAAUUGAUGAGCCACGUGCGCUUGCCGCUGGUGGGACGAGAUUUCCUUAUGACCUGCGUCGAAACAGAGACACUCAUAAGAGAGGACGGCCAGUGCAAGGAACUUCUGUUGGAAGCCAUGAAAUACCAUUUACUGCCAGAACAGCGCAGCUUGAUGAGCAGCCAACGCACACAAGAGCGUCGGCCGGAGGGUAUGAAAUCGUAUGUGUUCGCUGUGGGUGGCGGCAGCCUCUUCGCCAUUCACAACGAGUGCGAGGUCUAUAAUCCGCGCACUAACGCUUGGACACCCAUCGCACCAAUGCUGUGGCGACGUUCACGCUCCGGUGUGACUGCGCUACACAAGCAGCUCUAUGUUGUCGGUGGUUAUGAUGGCGUGAGCGAUCUAAGCACUGCCGAAUUCUAUAAUCCGUUGAUUAAUAAGUGGACUAAUAUAACACCGAUGGGUACGAAGCGCUCCUGUCUAGGCAUUUGCGCCUACGAUGGACUACUGUAUGUUUGUGGUGGCUACGAUGGCGCCUCGUGUCUAAGCAGCAUGGAGCGUUACGAUCCAUUGACGGCCAUCUGGAGUUCGUGUCCGGCAAUGAAUACACGACGCCGCUACUGCCGUUUAGCUGUAUUGGAUAAUUGCAUUUACUCGCUAGGCGGGUUCGAUUCGACCAACUAUCAGUCGAGUGUGGAGCGUUUCGAUCCACGCGUUGGACGUUGGUUUCCCGUGCAAAGCAUGACGGCGCGACGCAGUAGCUGCGGUGUGGCUUCUUGUGAUGGCUACUUGUACUGCAUUGGCGGCAAUGAUGGCACGAUGUGUAUGUCUAGCGGGGAGCGAUUCAAUUUACGACGCAACGCGUGGGAGCCGAUUGCAACGAUGCAUUCCAGAAGAUCCACACACGAAGUCGUCGAGGUGGAUGGCUCGCUAUAUGCGCUCGGUGGCAAUGAUGGCUCAUCCUCGCUAAAUUCUGUGGAGCGUUACGAUACGCGCCUGAAUAAAUGGACUGUAGUCAAUUCGAUGGUGGCACGCCGCAGCUCAGUCGGUGCAGCGGUGCUGGAAUGCUUCCAUCUCGAACGCGGGCUGGUACAGACAACGAACUUAUGACCUUUGUCGACGAUAGCCGAAACAUUUGCAGCGGCGGCAGCAGCAACCGUUGUAGUUGGAAAUGGUAGUGGAGGCAGUGGAGCGACGACGAGUAGCAAUGGCAGUAGCGCUGGCAGUGGUAACAACAACGCAACAAUGGCAACGAACGGAGUCUCAUCAACGUUAACGAACAACAUCAUUGUGCCAGGCCGCGCUGUAAGUGGACGUAGCAUGUUGGGUGCGGCGGAGGUAAGCGGCAGCAUUGGCAGCCUAAUGAGUAGCAGUACAAGUGCGCUUAGCACCUCCGCGCCGACGACGACGUCCACUUUGCGACGAUUGCGCGAACGUGAAAGGGAACGAGAACGGGAGCGAGAUAGUGGUAGUGCGGAGAAUAGAGUGAAUGGCGUUGUUGUGGCGGGUGCAGCAGGAAGCGUUGCCAGUCUAGCGCCGGGUGGAGUAAAUAGCAAUGGCGGCUGUGGGACUGGGAAACCGCCAUCAACGGCCUGAUGUCUGCGAUUCAAAUGAAGUGGAGAGUGGUGAAGGAGAUGGGAGGAGUGGCAAUGGGAAAAGGAGAGCAAGCAUGCAUAAAUGUAAGAAAGAGAUGGCACAUGCAGAUGGGGAUGGAGAUGUAGAAAUGUUGUGAUGAACUGGUAUAUUUGGGGGCGAAUAGCAUAGCAGUAUUUCUAGUCAAUAAGGCAAGGAACGCAUGUAAAUUUGUAUGGUUUGAUGUAAUGAGCGGAUAGUAGAAUGCGCAUUGAAAGUUAAAUGGCACGAACUCUCUUUAAGCUAAAAUUAAUAAAUUAAUUAUUAACUCAUUAAGUGCGUUGACGACAUUUUCUAAUUACAUAUUUUUUUAUUAAGAAACAAAUAUUUUUUACAAGCGUAAUACCGCAAAUGUCUACAUUUCAUUUACUUUAAUUAGGGUAGUCCAUAAAAUAUCAACAACUAAAUUUUGUACAGAGCAACGUUUUAUUUUCUUCAACGAACAAAAUAAGGACAUGCACGAAAAUUUAAAAAUGAAAAAAAAACAAAUGUUAGGAGUCGUUUUUUAAAAAUUGCAAAAAUUCGACAACAAGAUUCUACUUGACAGCUGAUAAAUUUGGUAUAAUAUUGAAGCUUAUUCAAAUAAAUUCACAAACUCGUCAACAGGUCAAAGUAAAAUUUUUGUAGAAUUUUCGCGAUAAAAAGUUACAACUCUUUCAAACCCUGGAAAAAAUUUUUUUUUAGAAGAAAGGAAAGUAAAAAUGUUGAUAUUUUAAGGACCACCCUAACUUUCAUGCAUUAACUAGCGGUAUAAGUAUAAUACAAUUAUGUAGUAGUUUUUAGAAAAUAAACAAUAACUCCAUCAACAACAAAAUUUGCAAAAAUUUAAAGAA